CUAAACAAAAGAGAAGCCGAUCUGACUUUUGUGCUAUUAUCCGAACACACCUCACAUGACUAAACCGCGUGAUUUGAUUGGUCAGCGUCUACUCAGUGUUUAUUUCCGGAAGUAAAUUGUUGUCAGUGUCAGACUUUCCACUAGGAUUAUCAAAUCUCACAUUUACAGCACCAGAACGUCAGGUGUGUCCUCAUCCACAGGAUGGCACAUUGGUUUCACAGGAACCCCCUGAAGGCAACAGCGCCUGUGUCCUUUAAUUUCUAUGGAGUGGCAGGAAGCCCCUCUGCCAAUAAGAUAUGCAAUGACCUGAGGACUAACAGGGCGAGACUGCUGGAGAUGUUCACUGAUGUCACCUGCAACCCUGAGAUCAUGAAAAAUGCCACAGAUGCAUACUUCUCGCUCCUCCAAGGCUUUAUCACGUCUUUGGACGGAACUACACAGGAGAACAAGAUGAGAUUCAUUCAGAACUUCAAGUGGACUGACACCUUACAAGGAAACACACCAAGUGCCCAGCAGGAUGCAGUCUUUGAACUGGUCUCCAUGGCUUUCAAUGUAGCCCUGUGGUACACCAAGUUUGCCUCGAGACUAGCAGGGAAAGAAAACGUAACAGAGGCUGAAGCGAAAGAUGUUCACCGGAGCCUGAAAGUUGCUGCUGGUAUAUUCAAAACUCUUAAGGACGUCCACAUCCCUCGUCUCAUCACCCCGGCUGAAAAGGGCAGAGACCUUGAGCCCAGAGCAAUGGAUGCAUACAUCAUCCAGUGCCAAGCAGAGGCACAAGAAGUGACAAUUGCCAGAGCAAUUGAACUGAAGCACAAUGCAACACUCAUCGCAGCGCUGGCAUUUGAGACGGCAAACUUUUAUCAAAAAGCUGACCACACGUUGAACACCUUGGAGCCAGAAUGCAGUGGCAAAUGGAGGAAGUACCUUCAGCUGAAGCAGCACUUCUACAUGGCUUAUGCUUAUUGCUAUAAUGGACAGACGCUGCUGGCAAGUGACAAGUGCGGUGAGGCUAUAAGAUCCCUCCAGGAAGCAGAGAAGUGUUACUCCCGUGCUGAGGCGCUUUGCAAAGAGUACCGUCAGACCAAAGGUCCGGGCUCCACGGCCAAACCAUCAGAGCAGCUGUUCUUCCUCAAACUUGGCGGCGUCAUUAAAAACACUCUGGAGAAGUGCCAGAGAGAAAAUGGCUUCAUAUACUUCCACAAGGUCCCGGCCGAGGCCCCCCAGCUGGAGUUGAAAGCGAGUUACGGCCUGGCUGAGCCAGUCCCCUUCGAGCUGCCGCCUCUCAGUGAGCAGUGCACUCCUGAAGUCUACGCCACCUUCGAUCUGACCAAGGGAGCCAAAAAUGACAAGGCGAAGCCCAAGGAGGAGGAGGUGAAACCAGUGAAGGAGCCGGACCUGAAGCCUCAGAAGGACACGGGUUGCGUUAUCUCAUAAGCUUUCCACACUUUCUAUUUUCAGCCUCAUGCUUUAAUACCAUCUAUUGUAAUGAUGGCAUCCAUGUUUCUAACCUCCAUAGGAAAAAUGUAUUUUUUUGUUAUAGAAAUCCAUGGUAGUUUACAUACAGGCUGGAACAUCUGUAUUAUAAUUGACAACCCAUUAUCCUUGCAUAUAAGCCAGAGACACUCACCAAGUAACAUUUUAGAUACUGAUAUUUCAGGUUGUUAGUAGCAACUACAUGUUCUAGUAAAACAAUAGUAAAAAAGGCCUUAUAAUUUAUAGCAGUUCUAUAAAUGGUGCCUUUGGCUGUCGGGCAAUUCAAACCUCUUACAAAAGUGUCUGUUUUUAUUUUAAUUUAAUUUGUUUUCAUAAUACCAUGCGCCUUUUUGGCACUUGGUUGCUCUGGCCUGAUUAUAGGAAAUAAAGAAAAGAAAUUGCUUUAAGUUCAGGAAAUACAUCUAAAUAAAAGUUGCAGUACUUGCUGGCAUCUAAAGAUAUAAUUAAAGACACAUUUUCAUCUUGUACAUUUCCCAAUACAGAAUAUAAUGCAGCCAGCUGGGUGUUGGAAAUGUCAUUCCCAAAACCAGAAAACACACUUUUAACAAAUAACAGAAUUAAAAUCGGGACAGACACGAACAAGACUGCCUUGCUGGUGCAUUUCUAUGAUUUUGUUUUUGCUGUUCACAAUCAUUACUUUUAGAUCACAUGAGGUAUAGUUCUUUUUAUACAUGAUAAUUGUGGUUUUUUUUGUACUUCUAUUCAUUUAAGAAAUUACUCAAAUGAGGCUGGAUGAUUACUUCACUUGCUUAGUGAUGUUUAUCCUGAUAAUAGCAGUUCUUAAUUUAUUUCCGUAUGUAAUGAUAUUUUAGCUGAAAACACGAAUACAAUGUAGCUCCAAUCAUAUGUUUUGGUUUGUUUUUAUGUUUCAGUGGGUCCAUCCGCUGAAACAUACUGUGACAUGAAAGCUGUUGUCCAUAGUUGACACCAUGUAAGUAGGUAUUGUACAUUUUAGAGUGUUUUCCCCUUUCUUAAAGACAAUGACAUGAGCAAGAGCAUGAUCAGACAAACAUCAGUGUCUGAAAUUAUUUGAAGUGUUGCUCCAAUUUGUCCAAAGUCCCCCAUGGUUAAGGCAAAACUAUUAAUCGCUGAAUAAACUGUAUCAUACUGCCCACAUGUACUCAUUUAUUCCCCUAGGAGACAAGUUUCCUCACUAAAUUUCAAAAAGGUGACUGAUCCAUAUUUAUAGCACAGAAAUCAGACCAGUGCUUUAUUCUUUUCCAGGCUACUGUUUAUUAAAAGGGUGUGUGGGAAUACCAUUAUAAUGUACGCUCCUUCUAAUUCAUGUUAAAUGUAUUUCUGAAAGUAUUACAUCAUCCAUAACACUCCACAUGCUUAUACUGUACAUGUACAUGAUUCAUCCUACCUAUUAAAAGGAGAAAGUACCCAGGCUGUGAUAUCUUGAGUCUGAGUGAUGUAAUCAGGGUUAUCUCAACUUGGGCUUUGAGAUGUGGAACAAAGACUGUCUCAAAGCCAUGUUACACACUAAAUGUAUCCAUAUGCACCUAAUGUAAUUAUACAGUUUUAACAGUAAGUAUACAAUAUAUAAUGUGGUAAAUCAUAUACUUUCUAUAUAAAACUACAUCUUUUAGGGAGUUGAAUACUGUCAAUUCAACUUCAAAGCCUAAUGUGUUUCUAAGGUUUUUCACAUUUCUGCUUUGCUGACGCGUACAUUAAAUACACUUUACAUUUAUUUUCAAA